AUGUGUGAAUGUCGCUUGGGCGCAGCCGCAUUUGGUAGCGUUAGCCGUAACUCCCUCACCACGAGUCAGGAGCGGCCAGACGUGCCCUGUGAUCUGGCCUUCAAGUUCAUCGAAAUCGAGCAAUGCUGUCACUUGACGUUUCCCGAUCGGUAUAACUAUAACGAGUUUCCUCGCCUCUGUCCUGUCCAUGGAUGCCUUUCCAAACCCAAUGUACAGAGAGAGGUCUCCUGUUUAGAGAAUUGUCUUUUGCACUGUCAAUCUAAAUUGCCUCAAAAAUUACCCAAAGUCGAAAAUGGACUCCCUAAGACUUUUGACAGUGUUGAGAGCUACCUGAAGCACAUCCAUGACUGUGAUUUUGCCUACCCCCAAACAUCUCCUGGUAACCCCGGUUCGGCAGCAGAUCCAUUCGAUAAACGCGUCAAGGCACUUCAGGUCGAUUGCAUGAUUUCUCGACCCAAAAGCCCUCCUGUCAUAGAAACCUUCUCAUUUCGAUCACGCAGACCGGGUGAAGUGGGGAUGACGAAGCCCACCUUUUUGGAGGGGGUUCGCUCUCAGGCGUAUAAAUACUGUCGUGAUCUUGGAUUAGUAGACGAAACCGCCAGACUAUUCAUUGCCGAAUUGAGACACACAUUCCCCGAGGGCUACGUCGAGCGUCCCGCAUGGCAACAUGUAACUCUCAACUUUCGACCCAACACCCUUGAACAUCUCAUGCUGAGAGCCUUCCCAGGGGACAAAUACUUUGUGUGUGGAAUUCGAUAUCAGGACUUUAACACCCCUGUUGAUUUACACUUUGGAGACCAGGUUGUAGAGAUAAUGCCAACCUGGAUACAGGAACAAACAACAGAGGCACCGAGACAACAAGGCCACGCGAGUAACAUGGACAACUUCCAAAUCAUGAUUGUUCCCUCACCUUUCCUGCAAAAGAUCCAACUGCGAGUCUAUGAUUGUCCCAUCAUUAAUGAGUUUAACAUCAAGAAGAAGACUCGGGAGAAUACAAGAAGUCAUCGAGAUUUGGGCUUCACUAUCCACCGUGGUCGCAUUGUCUACAUUGAUAGGGCUUCGCCCGCAAAGAUGUCCGGAUUCGAGCCGGAUUAUCAAAUAGUUGAAGUGGCUGGCGAAUCGGUGUUGGAGUAUGAUGACUCCCACAUCAUACGACUUAUUCGAACCGCUAUCGAGAGGAGUUCCACGAGAGCAACGGAGUUAGCGUUGGUUCCAUCGAGAAUCUACGAUAUCCUAAUGGAUCCUCGAAAGGGCAAGGUCUGCACCAUCGUUCGCGAUGCCGAAUUCGAUGUAAAUGCGUGGAGUGACAACAAGGUCUUCGGUGUGAGCGCUGAUGACGACGCGACUGACCAAAUCCUCGAACAAAAUUAG